AUGCGUCAAACUCAACUCCAACCCGGCCACUGGGAAGACUCGGUCACUUUCCGCGUCCAAUCAGGCCCUCCAGAAGAGCGGACGGAAGCCGGAUACGACACAAAGGACGACGAACAGGACCAGCAGGACUAUCCGGGACAGUCUCGAGAUGGACGACACGACGCAUUGACAUCCAGAACAACUGGAGCACCGGCUGCUACAACCCCGCGAAAGCUACACGUCGGGCGGGGGAAGGCCCGGAUAUCUGGGACGAAGAAGGCGGUUCCUAGGAAACAAGAACAUCACGAGGCUCUGGCUGUGGUGAAGUACCCUCCUAACCCACCACCGUUGUUGGAGCCCGAUGCCGACGAACCGUAUGCUCUUCUCCCAUCAGCAGUUCCGAAUGGCGUGGUCAAACGAUACAUGCAUAGCCUCCCCAAUGUGCUCGCGAAGCUGGUAUCCAAUGCCGGCUUGACCGGGAACUAUGGAAGGUCUUUUGCGAGUACGAUGAUGGCCUCGCUAUCGCAGCAGCCGGCACAACUGCACGCUAUGAUGUUCGCGGUGAUGGUGCAUGACCGUAUCCAGCAGGGAAUCAGUGAACCAAACACGACGGAGCUACUGGUCGGUACAGAAGCUAUUCGACACCUGAAUCGUGAAAUCAGCGACCCGAACCCCGAACGAGCCCUCUCGGACUCCAACAUCUGGGCCGUCCUGGUGCUUGCAUAUUCGGGCCGCGAGGACAGAAUCAGAAGGGGCCAGAGCUACCCACGACAGUCCUUUUUGAGAGAGCUGCAGUCGAUCCAUAUCUACCUGAAGAUGGAGAUCGUCAUUGAGCAUGUGCUUGGCCUCAUCAAAAUGAUGGAGCUCCUUGGGCCUUUGUCCAAGAUCAAGACACACGGGAUUGCUACCGUGGUAUCUUUGUAA